CAUACUUUCAUAAAUUUUAAUAGUAAAAAAUAAUUUGUAAAUUAUUUUUGGCCCCUCCUAUCCUUCCAAUUUAUAAUUAUAUAUGGUAUUGGAAAAGUUAAUUUAGUUGAUUUGGGUCCGUUUAUAGCGUGAUAUUACCAAACUUGUAAGAAUUGGAAGUUUCCAAUCUUCCAGUGCACAUCACUGCUUACCUCCUUGGCGCAUUAGGUAAUAAAUCUAUCGCGCCAUCAAGAUCUGUGACACGGCACAUGAGUAUCCACAUGAAUGGUAUGAUUACCGAAAUGUAAUAUUGUUCUUUUUUUGGUAAUAAUCACACGAGUCAAGGAUCACGAUUCGAUCAAGUCGCGUGCAUGAUUUGGCUGAACAGCGCCAAAGAUUUAAAGAUUUAAAAAAAUCCUUUUGUUUUAUGUGAUCUUUUAUAAAAAAAAAUGGUCAAUAUAAUCUUUAUAUUCGUAUUUUUUACUAUUUUAUUAAUUCAAUGUUCCACGUCAUUUAACCCGCAAAUUCAUUUCAGCAUUAACAAUAGCAGAAAAUUUGUUAAAGACAUUACACAAUGUCCAAAACUAAAGCCUCGUCAAACUCCUCCUAAAAGUGUUCAUGAUUUACGUAUUGACGAUAUUAAAGUUAUAAUGGCAAUAGGAGAUAGCAUUACAGCAGGAUUCGGAGCAAAAGGUCAUCAUGCAAAUAUACCAAUUGAUAUUCAUAAUCUUCAUGAAAAUCGUGGAGUAAGUUUUUCUAUUGGAGGUGAUCCUGGUGCCGUAACUAUUGCCAAUUUUAUAAAACAUUAUUCACCCGAGUUGAUAGGAUCUUCUACUGGAGAUCAUUUGGUUGAAUUAUGUUAUGGUCUAAUUUGUCCACCAUAUCAAUAUAAACCUAAAAAAGAUAGAUUUAACGCAGCACAAUCAGGAAUGAUGGCAUCAAAUCUUACAAUAGAAUUAAAUUAUUUAUUAGAUCAACUUUAUAAAGAACCAAUGGAAGUUGUGUUGAAAUCAUAUAAAUAUCUUACUUUUUUUAUUGGAUCAAAUGAUAUUUGUUUUAGAUGUUCAAAUGAUCUUCCAUGGUUAACAUCAAAGCAGUUUGAAGAUUACUUAAAAUCAACGUUAGAAAUCAUUAGAAGAGAAAUACCAAAUACAGUUGUAAAUCUUUUAGGUGUAUUUAAUGUUUCUCAAGUUUAUAAUUUUCAUAAGGAAGAAUAUUGUAAAGGGUGGGGCCUUGUUGCCGAGUAUGAAUGUUCUUGCGCUUUUGCCCCAGGGAUAUUUGGAACUCUUAAUAGAAAGAAAAUGGACGAGACUUCUAUGGAAUAUAACAAAGCUAUUAGAAACGUUGUUGAUUAUUAUGCUUCACAUAAAAGUGAUUCAUUUGCCGUAAUGUAUCAAGAAUUCGAUAUAGAUUUAACAACUUUUCCUGUCGAAGGUUUAAGUAAUGUUGAUUGUUUCCAUCCAAGUACAAAAUCUCAUGAUUUUAUCACUAAAAUUUUCUGGAAUAAUCUUGUACUUCCCGCGAGUAAACGUGGUGGUCGUAUUGAAUGGGAAGAUAAUGUCGGUAUCAGAUGUUUUGAAGAAAAUGAUCGAAUUAACACUAACAUACAUCCUUGAAAUUAUAUCUUUUUCAAAGACUCUUUUUAUUUACUAUUAAUUAUAUUAUAAUAUAUUAUUAAUAAAAUAGUUUUGAUUUAUAACAUCAUUGUUCUUUUAACUAGUUGGGUUGUACAAAGCUAAAGUUAUCCUAAUCUAUAACCUCUACCCCAAUUUCUUGAAGUACUCUCAGUUCGCGGUGCAUUCCUGCCAGGAUUUAAAAUGGUACCGAACGAAGUUCGAAUACCACUAGCAGACGAGAUAUUUGUAGGGAACCAAUAAUAUAACCAUUGUGGCGUAUUUAAAAAUCUUCUACCGCCAGUUGCAGGAUAUAUUUCUUGUAAAUAAUGAUAUAUAUGACCCGUAAAUACUCCUAUUAAUGAUGCCCACGGAAUUCCUCCCACUUGUAACAUUUCAAAUAUUAAUAAUACAAAUGGUAAAUAUACUCCCUGU